CCACAUAUAAAAUUUGAUUUUCGCUAUGCCUUCAAAUUGUGUUUUCCUAUUCGACCGUUCCAAUCUAGUUUACCACAGCGGUGAGACAGUCAGUGGGAGCAUCAUUUUGACAACUACGAGCAACAAGUCUGUUAAUGCUAUUUACAUCUUGUUCGAGGGCGCUGCGAACGUGCAUUGGAGGAAGCGUCACACGAGAACUGUGAACGGUAGAAGAAUGAUCCGUAUCAAACAUUUUUAUGGCAGAGAAGUAUAUGUGUGCAAACGGAUAAAUGUGUUUGGCAAGGGCGAGCUGCCAGCUGGCACGCACACCUAUGCCUUCCGCGUUCCACUUCCAGAGAAAUGUCCCACGUCGUGCGAGGGGUCGUAUGGCAGGAUCGCCUACGAAGUGUUGCUCGUGGUAGAUCGUUCCUGGCGUUUCAACAACGAGUACAAGAAAACCGUUACCGUGCUGCAGACCUACAAUCUGAACAUGUAUCCCGAGUUGCGAGUGCCACUCAAGAGCGAAGACAUCAAGUACUUUUGCUGCUGGCCCUGUUCCUCGGGUCCGGUCAUCUCAACUCUAACCAUGCCCUUUGGCGGGUAUGCGCCAGGUCAGCGUAUACACUAUGUCCUGCAUAUAGAUAAUCAGUCGCGUGGCUACGACUUGACAGGUAUCGAAGUAUCCUUGGUACAGUUGAAGGUAUUCACAGCUACCACGCCCCAUCACGAAUCUAGAAGUUCUACAAGUACUUACUGUACGACGUACCAGGCAGAGCUUGUACGACGUUUGUCCAAGCGCAUAAUUAAUGGCAGCCUCGUAAUACCAUCUGUUCCGCCUUCUUCCCGGAAUCAGCGUGCUAUCAGACUGUUCUACCAUAUCAGAAUGGUCAUUAAAACAGGAAUCUGUCACACAGACUCGGUAAUCGAGAUACCCAUCGUGAUUGGCACUAUCCCCCUGGCUCAGAGAGCCGAAACCCCAAAAAAUGUCGCAACGCCCUCAGGUGCCGCCGCCGCUUUGCCAUCAAACUACGAUACUGGCCGAUCUCCUCAGCCCAGAGUUUCACCUGGGAUAGCAUUGGAAGUUUCCACUGCACCUGGCGCAAAUAAAUAG